AUAUACUUAGAUGGCUAAAAAUACUGCCGCUUCAAAGCAAGGAAAAGGUGCAUCAGUUUCCAGCCUUUCUUAAUUCAAACCUUUCCUGGUAUUCCGAAUUUACCUGAAAAACUUUGCCUUUAGAGGGGGUUUGGUUUUAGUCCAUUGAGCAGAUGGGUGACUGUCAACCCUGGGGUGCUCCUGGUGAAACUGCACGUCCCGGGAGGCUGAGAAGACAGUGGGGUUAGUGAACCCUGUCUGAAAGGGGGGAUACAGGGUGUAAAUUUGAGCCUGGAGGUUACAGUACCAGCGUAAAUAUAGCUACCGAGCAGCAGAACAGAUUCCUUUCACACAGUGACUGAAGUUCUGACAGGCAUAAAGUCAGUGUUUUUCUUCAUUUCCCACUUACACAUCUUGGGAUAUUUUUAAGGGAUGAUGCUUCUGUGAUAGAUUUAAUUUUCUUUGGAAGUUUGGUUGCAUAAACCUGAGGCCUGAGUAGGAUUUUAUACAGAUGUGCAGUUGACACCAGAAACACCAUAAGAUUGACUUUCAAGACAGAGGCUCCUGGAGUGAGGGGCAGUGACUUAAGGGAAUGUAGGACAUUGCACCAGGAGCUGCAUUAAUUACCCUGAUGGUGAUCUUGCUGCCACCUUAGGAAUCCAUUUAGUGGUCACUGGUCUUUAUAUUUGCAAACAAAGAGAAUCUUAUUUUAAAGAUACAGUAACAAUUUAAUUUGUUCAAAACUAUGACUUUUCUUAAAGUAAAGGUACUUAACUCAAGCAACUUCAGAUACACACAGAAUGGGAUUUUACACAUGUUGGACAGAAAUAAGAGAAUCAAGCCACGACCAGAAAGAUUCCAGAACUGCAAAGACGUUUUUGAUUUGAUCCUAACGUGUGAAGAAAGAGUCUAUGAUCAAGUAGUAGAAGAUUUAAAUUCCAGAGAGCAGGAGACGUGUCAGCCAGUACAUGUGAUCAAUGUGGACAUUCAGGAUAACCACGAGGAGGCCACCCUAGGUGCUUUCCUCAUCUGUGAGCUCUGCCAGUGUAUACAGCACACAGAAGACAUGGAAAAUGAAAUAGAUGAGCUGUUACAGGAAUUUGAAGAGAAAAGUGGAAGGACUUUUCUUCAUACUGUCUGCUUUUAUUAAAGCACAUCUGUCUCUUAGGCCUUAAUACAGAUGAGGGAAGCAUGUGUUUAAAGUUCCAAUUAUACUGUAUUUUCCUGGAAAAUGAAUAUUGAUCUUUUUUUUGUUUAAAAACUCCUUUUUGGUGUCUUUUUGUUUUGUUUCAGGUAUUCUGUCACAGGUAGGCAGAGAUACUGGUUGGGGUUGUACAUAUGAGAUGAUAAAAGUAUACACAAAGGCCACCUAUUUAAAAAUGAAAAUCAAGUUUUUUCUUUAAAUCCUACUUAUUACAAGUAGGUCUUUAAUUAUAAAGAGAAUGUUUCUUGAAUAUAAGUUUAUAAUGUAUUUUUCCAGCUUACAAAUUUAUUUUAUUUCAGUUGUGCUUUUUCUUUUUUUUUUUUAUUUUAAUGUGACAGAAUGGCUGAACUACGUGAGGAUAUGAAUGGAACAAUGAAAAACGAGUAUCUGUAUAUUAUUAGAUAUAAAGUUGGAAGCAUCCAAUAAAAAUGAAAAAAAACCUGUAA